AUGAAUAAUUCACUUUCCGACAACAUUAUCCAGAUAUUGUCAGGAGAAUAUCCUUCCUCUUUGCCAAACCAAGUCAUAUUAGAGAUGUUUGAAAAUGUUCCGUUUGAAAAAGUUAAAGAGCAAUGUGCUCCAUUAGUACAUUCGUAUUGUUGUAGGCAUGUUUGGGGAAAUGAUUCUAAAGCAUUUUUGUAUAGAUGUAGGACAUGUGAAACAGGACCAAAUUCAUGUAUUUGUAACCAUGGAAAUCAAAGAGAAACUAUUCAGCAAUUAGAACAAUUUGGAAUAGUAAGUAUAAUUAAAAUAUUAAGAAGGUGUUGUGAAAUUGACUUAUUUCAAUUUCAUGUAACAGAGUUAAUGAAAACAAAUAAACAAAAUUAUUAUUGUAGGAUGACACUAUUAGAUAAAAGUCGUAAAAUAGGAAUAGAUGAAUUCUUAAUUGAUAUGUGUAUGAUAGAUUGUGAAGUAUUUGUUGAUGAGUUAUCUCUUUUUGUUAUGGAGUUAUUAACAGAUGAUAAAAAUACAGAUAGGUUAUAUGAACCAUUUAUGGAUGAUUUGAUUUAUAUUAUGAAUAACGAAACAUCUUCAAAUUGUAUGAAUGAUGUUUUUAUGAAAUUAAUAUGUCAAUUUACUUCAUGUAAACAAUUUAAUGAAAAAUAUUUCUUUGGAAAUGUAGCAAGAGGUGUUUCAUUUAUUGGGGUUAUUUCUAAAUAUUUCAGACAAGAUGCACCAACAAUUUCAUUGGAUAGUCCAAAAAUUACUUCAAUGAAUUAUUACACAACUGAACUUUCAACAAUUGUAGCAUCUAAUCCAUCUAAAUUAUUCUCUAUUCCAAUGCUAUACCAAGAGUAUAUUAGGUGCUUAGAAUCAAUAAUGUUUUAUCACGAAGAAUUAAGAGAACUACACCAACAUGUUCAGUAUGAAAAUUUAUGUGAUUACUCACCAUUUUAUUCUAAACAAGUAUUACUUGGUAUCGGAUUCAUGUGUUUAAACAGUCUUAAUAAAGACCAAUUAUUAAAUGUAAUUCAAGACAUUACUCAACGUUAUUUAAAAUUAUAUAAUAUGCAUGUUAAAUGUUCACAUCCAGAUGUUGGAAUUAACCAACCUAUUUCAAUGUAUUAUCCAUUAUUAACACUUUUAGUUUAUGCAAUUUCAUUAACAGAGUCACCAUUUGAAACAUUCCAAAGAUUACCAUCUCCAAAUUUAUUAUUAACAUAUCCAAUUAUUUUUCAUCAGUUUUUAACUGAAUUAAGUUAUGACCAGUUAUGGACUAGAAAUGGUCAGUCUGUAAUGCUUAAAACUAUUUGUUGUCUUCCACAAUAUCCAGAACAGUUAAUGUCAGACAUUUUUCUUCUUCAACUUGCUUCAUCUAAAACAGAAGAAUUACUACAACUAAUGAUUCCUUUAUGUAAAAUUGAUAGGAUCGAUGAAAUAAUUGAAAAACAAAAAGAAGUUAGUAAUGAAUGUCCUAAAUCUGUUCCAAGUGAAAUAGUUGCUGGUUCUAUUAAUUUAUUAAAAACAAUAAAUAAUAUGUUCUCUGAUCCAAUGCUUUCAAAUAAACUUAGUCAAAAACAAGAAGUUAUUUAUUUGUUUAUUCAUUGUCUUGCUUCAAGACAAACUAAUGUGUCAGACAUCAAAAAAUCAAUUCCAUCAAAUGUAGAUGGUCUAAGAGAUAUGGACGUUGAAGACAUAUUUUCAGAAAUAGUUGAUCUUAAACAAAAGAAAUGUUAUUUAAAAGAAGAGUAUUGGAAAUAUGUUAAUCCUUAUUGUCCUUAUAUUACUAAUGUUAGCAGAGAAGUUGUAUGUGAAGAGUACUUAAAAAAAAUGAAUAAAUCACUUCCUUGUAUUUAUCAAAUUGAAAAAAGAGAUCCUACACUUGAAUCAUGUUUACUUCAUUUGCUUCAUUCACCAAUUGUUACUGACUUGUGUUGUAAAUUAAUUAUAGGAUGUCAUGAAUGUAAAGUAGUUAGUCUUGUAGAACAUUUAUUAAGACUUCGAGCUGCUUACCAUGAAGGAAUUACUUAUGAUAGUUAUCAUAAAAAUAUUUUAACGAAUUUAGGUGAAAUUCUUGCUAAUCAUAGAGAAUGGAAAGAUGCGUCAACAAUUAAAUUGUGUAAAGGAACAUUAUUAGAAGAUGUUUUUAAAGGGUAUGAAAGUGUUAAUGGCAAAGAAGUUAAACAAUCAAAUGAUUCAAAAUCAAAAAAAUUAGCACUUUUAAAGAAGAUGGCACAAAAACGUGAUAAUUUCCAAAAGGUAUCUAUUGUUGACAUUGAAAAAGAGGAAGUAGAAGAAGACACAAAAAAAGAAGGAUGUAUUAUUUGUAGGUCAUGUGAAGAUUCAGAAAAUGAUCCGUUAGGAUUCUUAGGACAUAUUGAAGCAACUGACGCUAUUCGAUCUGCGGAAUAUGCAGAAAGUAUUGAAGGUGUAAGAGGAGAAACAAAAGAAGAGUACUGGAAAAAGCCAUUAGGAUUAAUUGAAGGAGAAUGGAAAUGGAAACCCAAAAGAAACUAUAAUUGGGAUGUAACAAAAGAUGAUCAAGAAUAUCGUGUUCUUUCUUCUUGUCCUCAUAAAAUACAUUUAGAGUGUUAUUUAAAAGAUUAUGAAGAUAGUGGAAAUGAAGAAAAUUAUUAUCUUUCAAAGUCUGUGUAUUGUCCAUUAUGUCAUACAAUAUCAAAUGUUUUUAUUGAAGAACAUCAACCAAUUUCUGUUAAAUUAGGAGAUCCAUCUUUUGAAGGUAUUGAUAGUAUUAUAAGUCAAUGUAUGAAUUCUAUACCAGAAUCUGUUUCGUCAUUUAAUAAAAGUGUAAACCAUACAUUAUCUAGAACAUUAACAGCUACUGUUCGUUCUGGAAUACAAAAUCCAGUUGAGUGUUCAUUUUUAUCAAUGACAAGUAUAGUUUCAUCAACUGUAAUGUCUCUUGAAAUUCAAAUGCGUUCAUCUCAACCAACUAGAUAUGAACAUCAAUUAAACACUUUAUAUUCGUAUCUUCAAGUCAUUAAAAAAAUUGCAACAAACUUAUCUAUUCAAUUUAGAAAAGAUGUUUUAGAACAAAUUUGUAAAUUCACAUCAUCAAGAAAUCCUAUUCUUCAAUUAUUAAGGUGUUACGUUUUAUUUCCUGAACAUUGGCCAACAUUCUUAGCAUUAGCUGAUAUGCAUGAAUUGUUGGCAAUUUAUAGUGAAAUUCAACAAUUUAGUAAAUUUACUCCACCAAUUAAUUGUAGUACUAUUAUAAAACAAUCAGAAUUACCUCAAUACUCAAAAUUCUCAACGGAAAAUCAAUUAGUUGAUGCUCUUGCUCAAACUUAUCUCAGAAGAAUUGCUAUUUUAAAAGAUGUGCUCACAGUAUCUCCAGAACCUUUAAAAACUCAUUACGAUUUCCCUAUUCAUGAAACAUUAAAAGUAUUAAAUGAAAAGAAUUGCCGGUGUGUUGGUUAUAUUCAAAGACCUACAAUUCCUCAACCAUUUAAAUUUAUUUCAUUACCAUCAACCUAUCAACAAUUAAUUAAUGAAGUACUAAAAACACGUUGUUGUGUUUGUGGAAUUGAAGCUUCUAAAAUUAUUUAUAAUUGUGCUAUUUGUAUGACAUGUGGGUGUUUAUUAUGUUAUAAAGAUAAAAAACAUCAAGACAUUAUCCAUAGUGAAAGACCAGUUUUUGAACAUAUGGCUAAAUGUUCUGGAGAAGUUGGUAUCUUUUUGGUAGUUCAUUCUGCUAUUCUUAUUAUCAUAACACCAAGAAUGCAUGCUCAAAUUAAUGGAAUAUAUGUUGAUAGAUUUGGUGAAUCACCAGACUCAAGUUAUCUUACUAAAGAAAUGUAUGCUUUGAAUACUCAACUAAUUGAAAAGAUAGAACGAUUCUAUCUCAAUGGAGAAGUAUCUUCAUCACCAGAACUCACAUUUUAUGUCCCGAAACUUCAUUAA